AUGCCGUUAUCCCGAGAUGAUACAGAAGAGGAUAACGACAUCCCGCCAAUACGUUCAGAGCUGAUGCUGGAGUCCCGCUUCAGCCUCCAGACUAUCCGUGAUGCAAUGCGUACGGUGACGAGUACGGAUGACUUCGCUGCAACACAUAUGCCGUUUAUGUUUGGACCCAGCUUUACGGGCGAUUUUCAAAAGGCCGUAUAUUCAAUUCUUGUUUUGUCAGGUUCGAUUAUAACAGACGGGUAUCUGGCUUUCCUACGGCUGAUGACGCAAUACCACACUUCGACCCACACCAGCUUGUGCGCAGCUGAUAUGCAAAAAGGAGCAAAGGGCUUGCAGUGCCUACGAAAUGUGGGCAUUUUGCAACCUCACGAUGCUGCUUGCGUUCUACUCCUUGGUCAGGUUUUCUCGCUCAUCUCGGCGAAGCAGCAGUUUCCGUUGCUAGUUCAGGAGCCUGCCCUGGACACCAUCACAAUUUGCCCGGUUCUGGUAGACACAGUCGAAUGCCUUGUGCGUCGUAAAGUCCCAAUCAUACGGUUGGAUCUCGAAGACCGGAUCGUUGUUGAUCGC